AUGUCGUUCCAGUCCGCCGCCGAACAGAUGAAUGUCGAGACCGACAUCAUCACCCUUUCCCGGUUUAUCAUCGAGGAACAGCACGCCGUCGCCCCGCAGGCGCUGGGGGAGUUGUCGCUUUUGCUCAACGCCCUCCAGUUUGCCUUCAAGUUCAUCGCCCACAACAUCAGACGCGCCGAAUUGGUCAACUUGAUCGGGAUCUCCGGCUCGGCCAACUCCACCGGUGACGUGCAAAAGAAGCUCGAUGUCAUUGGUGACGAGAUCUUCAUCAACGCCAUGAAGCUGAGUGGCAACGUCAAAGUGCUUGUAUCUGAAGAACAAGAAGACCUCAUUGUUUUCGAAGGCAACGGGCGUUACGCCGUGUGCACCGACCCCAUCGACGGGCUGUCCAACAUCGACGCCGGUGUGUCGGUGGGUACCAUUUUCGGUGUCUACCGCUUAAAGGACGACUCCAAGGGCCUGAUUAACGACGUGUUGCGCAAGGGCUCGGAGUUGGUGGUGGCCGGCUACACCAUGUACGGCGCCCUGACCCACCUCAUGAUCACCACCGGCCACGGCAUCAACGGGUUCACCCUCGACACCAACAUCGGCGAGUUCAUCCUCACCCAGCCCAACUUGCACAUCCCCGAGUUCCGUUCGAUCUACUCGUUGAACGAAGGUAACUCCUACUACUGGCCCGAAUACGUCAAGGAAUACCUUGCCGACUUGAAGAAGCCUCAAGCCGAUGGCAAGCCCUACUCGGCGCGGUACAUCGGGUCGAUGGUGGCCGACGCCCACCGGACGUUGUUGUACGGGGGGAUUUUCGCCUACCCCGCCGACUCUAAGUCCAAGAACGGUAAGCUCCGUAUCCUUUACGAAUGCUUCCCGAUGGCGAUGUUGAUGGAACAAGCUGGCGGUGCCGCCAUCAACGACAAGGGCGAACGCAUCCUUGACUUGCUCCCCAAGGGCAUCCACGACAAGUCCGGCAUCUGGAUGGGCUCGAAGGGCGAGGUGGAAAAGUUCAAGCAGUACAUCAAGUAA